UCGACACUUUGCUGAUGAGGUCGUUGUUGAGGAUCGCGCCACGAUUCCCGAUUAUUUUAACCUUUUGUUGGAGCUAAUUUUCAGCAGUAAGGAUGCCGUGUUGGUACUAUGAAAAGGAGGACCUUGUGGACACACCGUCUAGGCGGGAUAGCAUUGAUGCAGCUACAGAGGCCAGAUAUCGCAAGGAAGGUGCUCGUUUCAUCAUUGAUGCUGGCACCUCACAGGGACUACGAUAUGAUACCAUGGCAACUGGUGUCGUCUACUUUCAUCGCUUUUACAUGUUCCACUCCUUCAAAGACUUCCCAAGAUUUGUCACAGGGGCAGCCUGCUUAUUCCUGGCAGGAAAAGUGGAAGAAACUCCCAAAAAGUGCAAGGACAUCAUUCGUGUGGCUAAGCUCAUGGUUCCAGAGCCUCACUUCAGUACAUUCGGCGAUGAUCCAAAGGAAGAGAUAAUGACCUAUGAGCGCAUCCUUCUUCAGACCAUCAAGUUUGAUCUUCAGGUUGAUCAUCCAUACAGCUACCUCCUCAAGUAUGCCAAGACACUCAAAGGAGACAAGGCUAAGAUACAGCAGCUAGUGCAGAUGGCUUGGACGUUUGUCAAUGAUAGCCUAUGCACAACUCUGUGCUUACAGUGGGAGCCCCACAUUGUGGGCGUGGCCUUCCUGUAUCUAGCGGGGCGUCUGUCUAAGAGUGAUCUGUUGGAAUGGUCAGGCAAGAACACCAAGGUCAAGUGGUGGGAGCAGCUGGCUGACGAUGUGUCAUUGGAUAUUAUGGAAGAUAUAUGUCACCUGCUUCUGGAUCUGUACUCUACUGGCAAAGAACCCAAGCCAUCGGUUUUGACACCAACCAAGGCAGCGGUCAAACGCCCCAGACCAAAAACACCACCAGUGGCUGGUGCUGAGAGUAGCAAAAGCUCAGAUGAUUCUCACGGAUCUCAGCAGUCGGCAUCGAAACCAGAGAAACCACGGGAUGGUCAUUCCUACACCCAGUCACGGCCCCCUCCCCCUCCCCUUCCAUCAUCCUCAUCAUCAGGUGCCUCAACUUCUGGCCACAGCCAAGCCAAAGGGACUGACCAGGUGGACAAGUCCUCAAGUGCAAAGGCCCACCCACCUCCCCCAAGAAAAAUCAUGAAAGAGUCGGCCCCUGCUGUGUCUCAGCCGAAGGCUCAUGCAGCCCCGCCCCCUGCACCUGCCCUAGUCACUCAGUCUGUACCUCCUUCUAGUCAGUCCUAUCAAGGGCCUGUUUCAUAUACGGAGACUGCCCCAACAUCAUCAUACAGCGUGCCACCACCACCGCCCGUCAGUCAGGGCUACCCAUCCACUGGUUACCAUCAAUCUGCACCGUCUGGCGCAGCGGUUAGCACUCCACAGCCGGUCUACAGUCAAGCACAGUACCAGUCUGUUUGGAAUUAUGGAAACCAAACGCAGCCGCCCAGUAAUCCGGUUCCCAACUAUGGACAGGCUGGUUACAAUGUGAACCAGCCUCCACCAGGAUACAUUCCAAAUGUACCCCCACAGACUGGGGUUAACACAGCAGUACCUCCACCACCACUACAGCAGCAGCAGCAACAACAACAGCAGCAGCCCCCACCACAGAUACCCCCACCAGGACCAGCUCCACAGCAGCCAUACAGCCAGCCUUAUAACCAAUACCCUCCACCUGUCCAAUGUCCUCCACCAUCUAGCAUGCCACCCCCGCCAAUUAACGUCCCCCCUCCCCAAGUCAAUAUACCCCCUCCACCACACAAUAUGUCAGUCCCCCCGCCCAAUAUGAACAAACCACCACCAUUAAUUUCCAAGCCGCUGCCUUUGAUGGGCCAGCCACCACCAGUUCAAAUGCCCCCCAACCAGCCCCCUCCUCAGCCCUUCCCCAACUUUCCCCCGCCAUCAGCUACCAAUCAAGCCUUCAAUCAGCCACCCCCCAAUUUUGACAUGAUGCGGAUGCCUGCUCCCACAGGAAUCCUUCCUGGUCCUCAGUCAGAGGCAGGCUUUGCAUCUAAUGUACCCAUGGGUCUAGCUACAGUGCGUAUCACAGGGCGUGAUAGCAGCUGGAGUGCACAGAGAAGAGGUUCCCAUGGGGGAGGACAGUCAUCGUGGCCGGAGAAAUAACCAGAAGUAAUGAGUUAUUGUAAGCGAGGAAUCGCUGGCGCUGAGAUAGUACCUUGUAAGUGAUUUUUUAAGGGUACUUUUUGUCUGAUACCAUCAGUUAUAUGUAAUCAAUAAUGAACAUAACUUCUGGAGUCCAAGGUCAGUAGUAAGUUAAGAGGUAGUGUCCUCCAAGCGUGUAGGAAAAGAUUUCUCUUGAAUCUUCUUUAUGCGAAAUAGCUGUGAAAGUAAGAAGAUUAUUUGGUUCUAAUGAAAUAAAUUUUGCAACAGAAAAGUGGAGUGCAUAAAGAGAAAGGCUUAGGACGCUAUAAUUUGACCCCAGUUUCAAGUGUGCUCUUUUACUGUAGUUUUUCUUAGUACCUAGCUAAACAGCAUACUAUGUAAACGUGAAUUCUCACUAUAUUUGUCUUGCUGUUUUUACAGACAGCGAAUUAUUUGGAACAAAAAAUAAAUGUUGCAUUUGCACAUCACAUUUCAUUGAGAAUUUCAACAAGAUUAAUUGUAAAUAUAUCAAGGAAUUCUUAAAUAGACUAGAUUAUUUUGUAAGACAUUAAACAACAAAUGGUUCUGAUCGAGACUUUUUGAAGAUUUUAUGAAACCAAAGUGGAGGAAAAUUUAAUGCAUACCAUGUUUUUCUUACAGACCAAUACUUAAAAUGUCUGGUAAAACUAGAGUUCCAAAUCUGUUCUGUAUAGUCAUUUUUAUUUGAAUAUAUGCCUAUUGGCAUAUGUAUUGAUCACAUAGCAGUAUAAUUGAACAAUGCAGGUCACAUAACUACCAAAGACCAUUUAGGCCAUCGGCCUGGGGGUUGGUCGGUAUCAAAUGAGGGGAAUAAAGGAUUAUAAUGCUCAUUGGCAAGGUCAAUAUGCAUACACCCCUAGAGUGGUAACAAGAAUUUUGGUGAACAUUUUGAGAAAAAAGGGUGAUUAUGUCCAAAAAGUUAUACGGGUGCAUGCCUUGCCAAAAAUCGCUAGUGCAUUAUUCCCCUCAUUUGAUACCAGUGGCCAAAAUUUUGGACCGAGGCUGAUGGCCUAAUUGCCAUUAUUAUAAAUAGGACAUUUUAUUUUUGACUUGGCUACUUUAGUCCCAAGCUUCCACUAUUGCACUAGAAAUGAAACAAAAGCUUGCCACAUGAUCCAAGCAUGAACAUAUUGAACAGAAAAGCUGAGCUCGAGUGUUUGUUGGAAAAAAUGUAGUAUCCAGAAGCCACUUCAGCAGUUGUGAACAAAAUCUAUGGAAAGUCAAGAACAUUUUCAAAGUAUUUCCUAACAAAAUUAGAAAUGUUUCUCAGAUUCGUGUCUUUUCAAUAAUGUUUGCAAUGACUGACCUCCAUUGAGAUGAUAUAUGAUGAAAAAAGUGACGUCAGGAUGCAAUAUUCUUUCCGUUUUGUAUUUUAUUCUAUGCGCGACGCAAAAUCCUGACAAGUUUCUAGUUUCCCAAUUUCCUAAUUGUACUGGAACUCAAGACACACACAGAAUAAAACACUACUCUUUGGAACAAUCGAUUGUUUAUUUGAGCUGUUUUUAUUUUCCUUUUGUCCCAUUAGUUUAAAAUAACUAAAAACUAACCCGCAGAAAAUUUACAAAUUACAAGUGUGGUCUGAUGCUUUGCAUGGUGGACAGAUACCUCGGGACGGACAGAGCACACUGUCCAAAAAACAUCAAGAACAGUUCUCACCUCCGGUUCUUUUCAGAACCACACGUCAAAAACAAAGAAAAUAUUGCAAGGUGUACCCGCAAACCUAUUACUUAUUACUAAUUAUUAAAGGGACAUUACAGCCUGGAAUGCGCCCAAUUGGGCUACAAAAUGCAUUUUCAACGAAAUGAUAUUAAAUGGAAAGAGCAUUUAGAAAUAGAAUAUAAACGUCCAACCAAUCAUCCUAGGCCUUUUGACACUGGGUGUUUUUGUGUUAUUCUUGCAUGAACCAUGUGAGAAAGAAUUUUGGGGGUCAUAAUUUUGUCCCCGAAAAAUCGAGCUGUUGGUGCUAGUUGUGACUCCAGCCACACAGUGGUUCGCAUUCUGCGGACCUUUAAGAAACAACAUUUGUGUAUUGGUGCUGUGUGUAUUAUGUAUCACACACACACACAACGUGAACGAUACAUUGAAUAGACACGACUUGAAAUACGAAUACAUAUGCCACAAAAUGUCUGUCGCGCUGAUGUAAACAACCGGGUUUUUGUCUUUUCUCGAGAACGGUAAGACAUUGGGUUUGUUUCUUUUCAAGGGACCUUUAUAACAGUAUAUGUAAACAAUCCAAAACAUGUUAUUUGCGGCGAUUUCAGGCCGUACUGCCCCUUUAAUCUAGCAAAUUUUCCCACACUACGCGUACUAGCAUGCCUAAGCAAGAAGGUUAAUUGGAAGAACCUGUAUCUAUCAAGCAAAUUCAAAGUAAAUAGCACCACCUGGUUGAACUCUGGGUACAGAAAUUUAUAUGUAGAUAAAUAAUGAAAUCCUGAGGUACUUUGUAUUACAAGCCUGGCUGGGUCAUUUGCAACGGCCUCAAGCCAGGCCUUCCUGGAGUAGAACAUCCCUGUGAAAUAUUGUGUGACAGGUCAGAAGAAACUUGAGUUUCCACAUGCAAAUCAAAACACUCGUACUCUCAUGAGUAGUCUAGUGUCCACUAGUUUUCAAUAGGUUUCUUGUGACUUA